UCCCCGAAGGUCUAGGUUUCAGAUCUGUAUAAGGAGGGGUUGGACUAAAUGAGCUGUAGAGCUCCUCCUCUCAUUUCUCAAUCUAUAAGCCUGUUUUUAGAAGGGCUGGCAUCACAUGAACACGUGGCGGGCUAUGCCAUGCCCACUGUUUGGCUGUUCUUUUCUCCUCCCCACCUCCAUGGCACAGGAAGGGAGAAAGGUCCAGACUCCGCUUGAUCGCUCUGAGGGUGCUCCUUUCAUCUCCGGCCACUCUCCACAAACCUCCCGCUUACCCCUCCUUUCCGAGUAGGAGGAGGUAGGGCUGCCUACCACCACCCCAGAGGGUCGCCCUCCCGGCCACGGGCUGCACUUCCGGCGCCCAGCUUUGACGCAAAGGCCGAGGGCGGGUGACGUCAGCUCCGGUUGCCCGGGCUGAGUCGGAAGUGUUGAAAGCCCUUGGCCUCGGAGAGUUCCCGGUGCUGCUGCCGCUGGCACCUUCAGGCCCCGCCCCUCCCCCAGGUCUGGAUGGAGUCUACUUUAAAGUGAAAUGACAGACCAGGACAAUAACAACAACAUCUCCAGUAACCCCUUUGCUGCUCUCUUUGGUUCCCUGGCUGAUGCCAAGCACUUUGCAGAAAUCCAGAAGGAACAGCUGAAGCAGCAAUCUGAUGAACCCUCCGCUAGCCCUGAUGACUCGGAUAACAGUGUGUCAGAGAGCCUGGAUGACUGUGACUUCUCUGUCUGUGAGAUUAACCAGUCAUUCCGUUCCAAGCAGGAGCUAUGUGAGCAGCUCAACAUCAAUCACAUGAUCCAAAGGAUUUUCCUCAUCACCCUGGACAACAGUGACCCAAGUAUGAAAUGUGAGAAUGGGAUCCCCAGCCGUUGCGUAUUUUUGGAGGAAAUGGCAGGAGACUUGGAUGAACAAGACUGGCUUGAUAUGAACAACAUUGAGCAGGCACUCUUUACACGAUUGCUGCUUCAGGAUCCAAGCAACCACUUGAUUAACAUGACCUGUUCCACAACAUUAAACCUCUCUGCAGAUCGAGAUGCAGGGGAGAAGCACAUUCUUUGCUACCUUUAUUCCUGUUUCCUAAGAGCAAAAGAGGAGAUUACCAAAGUACCAGAAAAAUUGCUGCCCUUUGCUGUGAGAUGUAGGAACCUAACUGUGUCUAAUACCCGAACUGUCCUCCUCACCCCAGAAAUUUAUGUUGGCCAGAAUGUCUAUGAUCAGUUGGUAGACCUGAUGUUGGAAGCAAUUCGAGGGGCCCAUUUUGAAGAUGUAACUGAGUUCCUUGAAGAGGUCAUUCAAGCCCUGACAAUGGAUCAAGAAGUUCGGACAUUUCAAGAAGUCAUGGUUCCAGUAUUUGACAUUUUGUUGAGCAGAAUAAAAGACUUAGAUCUCUGUCAAAUCUUGCUAUACACAUAUCUAGAUAUUCUCCUCUAUUUCACAAGGCAGAAGGAUAUUGCAAAAGUUUUUGUAGAGUACAUUCAGCCUAAGGACCCCAGCAAUGGACAGAUGUACCAGAAGACCUUACUAGGAGUAAUUCUGAGUAUCUCCUGCUUAUUAAAGACUCCAGGGGUAGUGGAGAAUCAUGGCUACUUCUUGAAUCCAUCCCGGUCCAGUCCUCAAGAGAUCAAAGUGCAGGAGGCCAACAUCCAUCAGUUCAUGGCUCAAUUCCAUGAGAAGAUUUACCAAAUGCUGAAGAAUUUGCUCCAGCUCUCUCCAGACACCAAGCACUGGAUCUUGUCCUGGCUUGGAAACUGCCUAUAUGCUAAUUCAGGCCGUACCAAGAUCUGGGCCAAUCAGAUGCCAGAAAUCUUCUUCCAGAUGUAUGCCUCAGAUGCCUUCUUCCUGAAUCUGGGUGCUGCCCUCCUGAAGCUGUGCCAGCCUUUUUGCAAACCUAAGUCCACUAGGCUGCUAACCUUUAAUCCUACCUACUGUGCCCUCAAAGAGCUAAAUGAUGAAGAGAGAAGGAUAAAGAAUGUGCAUAUGCAAGGUUUAGAGAAAGAGACCUGUUUAAUCCCUAAAGAGAGUGACCAGGAGAUACAGUUUGCCCAAAACUACAACCUGGUGACAGAGAACCUGGUCCUAACACAGUACACCUUGCAUGUGGGGUUUCACAGGUUGCAUGAUCAGAUGGUAAAAAUCAACCAGAGCUUGCACCGGCUACAGGUCGCCUGGCGUGAAGCUCAACAAAGCGCCAGCCCUACUGCAGACAGCCUCCGAGAGCAGUUUGAGCGCUUGAUGACCAUCUAUCUCUCCACCAAGACUGCCAUGACUGAGCCACAGAUGCUGCAAAACUGUCUCAAUUUGCAGGUGUCCAUGGCUGUUCUUCUUGUUCAGCUAGCCAUUGGCAACCAAGGCACAGAGCCAGCAGAGCUGAUCUUCCCUUUGCCAGAUCAGUAUAGCUCUUUGGCUUAUGUGCCAGAAUUUUUUGCGGAUAACCUGGGAGAUUUUCUCAUUUUCUUACGGCGCUUUGCUGAUGACAUCCUGGAGACAUCAGCUGAUUCCCUGGAGCAAGUUCUUCAUUUUGUCACCAUUUUCACUGGGAGUGUAGAGAGAAUGAAGAACCCCCACCUGAGGGCCAAACUGGCAGAGGUACUAGAAGCAGUCAUGCCACAUCUAGACCAACCUCCAAAUCCCCUGGUGUCCAGCGUUUUCCAUCGUAAGCGUGUGUUCUGCAACUAUCCCUAUGCAGCCCAGCUUGCAGAGGCCCUUAUCAAAGUCUUUGUAGACAUCGAGUUUACAGGAGACCCUCAUCAGUUUGAACAAAAGUUUAACUACCGCCGCCCCAUGUAUCCUAUCUUAAAGUACAUGUGGGGAACAGACUCCUAUAGAGAAAGCAUAAAGGGUCUAGCUGAUUAUGCCUCUGAAAAUUUGGAGGCCAUGAAUCCCCCUCUCUUCCUCCGCUUCCUUAACCUGUUGAUGAAUGAUGCCAUCUUCCUAUUGGAUGAAGCCAUACAGUACUUAAGCAAGAUAAAGAUUCAACAGAUUGAGAGGGACCAAGGUGAAUGGGACAGUUUGUCUCCAGAGGCCCGUAGAGAAAAGGAGGCCAGUCUGCAGAUGUUUGGGCAAUUGGCUCGAUUCCACAACAUUAUGUCCAAUGAAACAAUUGGUACCUUGGCCUUUCUGACAUCAGAGAUCAAGUCCCUCUUUGUACAUCCCUUCCUGGCUGAACGCAUCAUCUCCAUGCUGAAUUACUUCCUGCAGCAUCUAGUUGGUCCUAAGAUGGGAGCCUUAAAAGUCAAAGACUUCAGCGAGUUUGAUUUCAAACCCCAGCAGCUCGUUUCAGACAUUUGCAACAUCUACUUAAAUCUUGGCGACGAGGAGAAUUUCUGUGCCACUGUGCCCAAGGAUGGGCGAUCUUAUUCUCCGAUGCUCUUUGCUCAGACAGUCCGAGUCCUGAAGAAAAUAAACAAGCCUGGAAAUAUGAUUGUGGCUUUCAGCAAUCUGGCAGAGAAGAUCAAGUCUCUUGCAGAUCUCCAACAACAGGAAGAAGAGACCUAUGCAGAUGCCUGUGAUGAGUUUCUAGAUCCCAUCAUGAGCACACUGAUGUCAGACCCUGUGAUGCUGCCAUCUUCUAGAGUCACUGUGGAUAGAUCCACAAUAGCCAGGCAUCUGCUCAGUGAUCAGACUGAUCCCUUUAACCGUAGCCCCCUAACUAUGGACCAGAUUCGGCCAAACACAGAACUGAAAGAGAAAAUCCAGCGGUGGCUCGCAGAGAGGAAAUUACAGAAGGAACAACUUGAGUAAAUAACUGUGAAUUUAACAAACCAAAAGCCAACCCCAAGAAUGUAGAUAAUAUAGUCUAUUGAUUUCUCUCUCUCUGUUUCUCUCCUCUUCCCUUCCCCCAACCUUCUCUCCCCUCUGACUCCCUCGAUCCCCCUCCUCUCCCUUCCCUGACCCCUAGUCUCUUUCCCUUCUCUUCUUUAUCUUCCCUUUCUUUCCACCUUUCCCUCAAAUGGAGAAUUGCUAUUGCACAGAUAAUUGUAGUUACAACUCAAGUCUGUGCUCCUCUGGCUUGCUGGUAAUUAUGCUUUAUGUGACAUCACCAAGUUUAGAAAGUCUCCAACUUUCACCUUUUUGUGUCCUCUUCCUCCUUUAUUUCCCCCCUUCAACUUAGACUGUAAUAAUUUCAGCUUUACUAAAGCUUCUUUGUGGUCUCAGUAUGGGAGAGGCUAAUUCCUUAUUGCUUUUCUCUUAAGUACUGGCUACUUACCAUGAAAAUUGCUCAUUAUUUUUUUAUUCACUGCUAUUAAGGACUUGUCACAUAUUUUGGUGGCAAUUGGUAUCACCAAAAAAAUAUUUUGGCCAGGUCCCUAUCAUUCUGUAAGCUGGACUUCAGCCUUUCUCCUUGUUACAGCUCUGUGAUGUUACUGACACUUGUGUUAGAUAAUAACAAAUUUAAUGUGAAUAAAAUGCCUUGAUGUUUGCAUAGAUAGGCUUUCUAAAAGAAAGUGAUACACAGGAUGGAAAGAGGUUAUCUUAUGCAAUUUCUGUCUGAAGCCAUCAGUUGUGUGAUCGUGAUGUUUGUUAUUUUGGAAUGGUACCCAGGGAUACCAUCUUAUCCAAACACUCCCCUGUGGGGAGUCCUUUCCAAUUAUAAGGUAACACUACAAUAUUUUUAUGAAGAUAAGUGGGACAUAGUAGCAGCUUUGAUACUUCUAGUCUGUGUGUUCUAGGAUAAAGGCAUAUGUCUGUUGAUUCCUCUGGCAUCUGCAAAAAAAAAUUUUUUAAACUGUAAUUGCAGGGACUAGAAUUAAGUAGGAGAAAGUAUGACAAGUUGUAUUAUGACUAAGGUUCUUUCCUCUCCAUGUCAUUUGAGAUCAACACAAAAUCUGUAAUCUCUCUGUGUGUAUAUGUAUUAUUUAGGUGUAGUAUAAACUCUAUGCCAGUUUAUAUUUGUGCCUCUUGCAUGAUCAUAUGUGUGCAGUGUAGUGUGUAGACACAUUUGCUGACACUUUCAUUCUAUCUAAAUAAGAGUCUUAGAAUGUAAAGAAUGUAUAUUAAUGUAUAUUUGGGCCUUUGGCUAGAGGAUCUGACAGAGCUGGUCCCAGCCCAGCAAGUAGCUUGAGAAAAAAACCUUGAAGGCCACAGACAUUUUGCAUAUUUGCCAGUGAAUUUCAGUCCUAUCCUCUUUAGAAUGGAUGGACUGUGAUGAUAGGCAGGCCACAUUUGUUGAGUUUUAUAAAUUGAGUUCCCCACUUAUGUGCUGGAAAAUGCAUCAUAGUUCAAAACUUUUCCUUCCCUCAAGGACUGUUUUUAUAUGUAUUAUACCUGUAAACAUAAGAAAUUCCAUAACUGAAAAUUAAUUUAACAUGUUUAAAUGUUUUUUUUGUUUGUUUGUUUUUUUAGGAAGUAGGGAGGGUUGGUCUGAUUUAACAUACAUUAGGAUGGGCUAUGACCUCUUUAAAAUGAGUUGGUAUAGGUCUCUGGACAAAUGUCCAUUGAAAGUAGUUGUAAUAGAUUAUCACUGUCUCAGUGUUUGUCUCAUUUGGAAAACCAUAAAUCAGGUGGGCCAGAAAGGGGUGUUCUAGAGUGUGAGAUGGCUUCCACCUGGUGCUUUGAUUAUAUUGCUCUAGGAACCCAGGAUUCUUUUACCAAUGCCAGGAUAUGUUUGAGUUGCUCCAGGAUUUGCUUAUUAUCUUGUCAUUUGCUUCACUUCAAAUCCAUAACCUAUAGCAUUCUAAGAAUGAAUUGUAUACAGAAUCAAGCUGUCCAGCUACUACUGAUAUGUCUCAUACAUAUACUUAGAAAAUAAAACAAAGUUUUACAGGGAAAAGUGAUUGGAAAGGGUGAGCAAUGAAACUUCAAGUCAGCUGUCCCCAGCAGCUUUCUCAACAACAACCUCUAUCUAUGCUGCCUCUAGGAUAUGUAGUUGUAUUUCUUUCUCUGUGUGGCCUUUACAUUGUAAGCCUUUCUUAGCAAGUGUUUAAAAAUCUACGUUCUUGAAAAUCUCCAUGUAUGGCUGCAGCACUAGCAAUAGUGCCUAUCAUCUGCUGCUGAAUUCCUUUAAAUUCACAUCACAGUCCAACAGAAUGGAAGAAGUAUGUAGUUUAAGGCUACCCAUUGGUGGUAAAGCCAUUGCCCCCCUGUGCCUUUCUUUCUCAAAGUGAACGAAUUAAGGGCACCUCUGGAAAAAAAAAACAACCUUUUUCAAAUGAUCAUCUUCCUUUAGACAAGGGUGUAAAUGAAGCUCAAGGAAAUGUUUUCAUUUCCAGCAAACUCAGAAGCAACUCUUUAAAUUUAUAUGUUGAAGGGUAUUAAAAGAGGUUUCUUAAAGAGUUGGAACAUUUGAUAAGAAAAUAAAGACUAAUCAGUUCCAACACUGCUUAUAAUUUUACAAGUGAUAUUAAAAUUGAAUAUUUAGUAGGUUUUAUCAAGUGUUACAAGGUUUUUUUUUUUAAAUACAGUUCUUAAUAUGCGUAUGAAAAUUGGAAGGAUCAUUUCCAUCUUUGCAGCUGGUAGCUGUGAUUUUUUUAAAAUAGUUAAAGGUGUCCAACUGUAACAAGGCUGUUUUGCUUUAUCUGAUCUGGUUGCUGUGUCGCCAUUAGAAAAGGCAUCAGCUCCUCAGGUGCUUUUGCAAGCCCGAGUCUGGUACUGCAUUGUGUUGCAGUAUCACGUGAGGAAAUAAUCCAUGGGCCCUGGCUAAUAGAAAAAGAAUCCGGAGAAGAAAAAUGGAGAACCAAAAAAGUUUUGCCAUUGAAAUACGUGGUCUUCCAAACUGUGUGUAGAAAGGUUCCAGGGAGUUUACGGCUUGUCAAUCUUUUGCCUGGGUGUUUGUGCAGAACUUGUAUUUAAUAAACCAAUACCUGCCUAGA